AUGCGUGCACACGGUCUGCAUCUUUCAGUUUUGUGUUGUCGUUCUACCGAAACUCCUCCUGUCUCCCAAACCCUCGCUGUCCCAGCUAGGCGGGAUGCCAACAAGCCUAAAAUAAUUGGACCCUGCUCUUCAACCCUGAACCCCAGAUUAGGCAAACCUUUCAAGCCGCAAUCCCUGCAGGCAAAGGGCUUCGAGACGCAAACAGUCAACGAGGCUUUCGCGGUCCUCCGUGAGGCCGUGUGGCGGGUCCUGGAGCUUUGGUACUUCGAUGUGCAGCUUCUUGGUGGCCUGGUGCUACACGGAGAGCGCCUGGCAGAGAUGAAAACAGGUGAGGGCAAGACCAUCGUCGCACUCCUUCCGACCUUCCUGGCGGCGCUGGAGGACAAGGGUGGCGUCUUCGUUGUCACGCCAAACGAUUACCUGGCCCGCCGAGACGCAGAGAAUGUUGGGCAGGUUCUGCGAUUUUUGGGCGUGUCUGUUGGCCUGGUGCAGUCCACUAUGGAGGUGAAAGAUCGACAGAAAGCUUACAAGUGCGACGUCGUGUACCUGACAAAUGCAGAGCUCGGCUUCGACUACUUGCGCGACAACCUUGCCGUGUACCCGCAUCAGGUCGUGCAGAGCAAGCCCUUCCACUUUUGCCUUGUCGACGAGGCCGACUCCAUCCUGAUCGACGAAGCCCGUACCCCUCUCAUCAUCUCCGAGUCAGUGCCGGCUGUGCCGAGACAGUUCCAGGCAGGGAAGGAAGUGGCCACUGCGCUGCAGAAGGACCUGCACUACACUGUGGAUGAGAAAAACAUGAACGCGGUGCUGACGGAUCUCGGAGAGAAGGUCGCCCAGGACUUGCUGGGCGUGGACAAUCUCUGGGAGCCGGAGGAGGCCUGGAUCUUAUAUGUGCUGAAUGCCGUGAAGGCAAAGGAGCUCUUCCAGCUCGGGGAGGAGUACAUCAUCCGGGAUGGCCAGGUGGCGAUUGUCGACACCUUUACCGGACGAGUGCUGGAGGGCAGAAGAUGGUCCGAUGGCAUGCACCAGGCCAUUGAGACCAAGGAGAAUAUCGACGUCAGUGUUCGAUCCCAGGUCUCCGCACAGAUCACCUACCAGUCUCUCUUCCGGCUCUUCCCAAGGCUCUGUGCCAUGACGGGCACGGCGCUCACAGAGUCGGCGGAGUUCGAGGAGAUCUACGGCCUUCGCUGCACCGGCAUCCCCACGGCGAGACCCAUGGUGCGCCGCGACUACCCGGAUGUGGUGUACAAGACGGAGGAGGCCAAGGUGAAUGCCAUCGUGGAGGAGAUCAUCCUGAACAACCAGCGCAACGGUCGGCCUGUGCUGAUCGGUACCGCCAACGUUAAGAUGUCCGAGGCAAUCGUGACACGGCUUCGCGAGGCGGGAGUGGAGCCGCAGCUGCUGAACGCACGGCCCGAGUCCAUCGCAAGAGAGAACGAGACGAUCUCCCAGGCAGGUCGGCUGGGCAUGGUCACCGUGUCCACCAACAUGGCAGGGCGAGGCACGGACAUCAUCCUCGGGGGCAACCACUCCCAGAUGGCGGCUCUGAACCUUCGAUCCCGGCUCGCCGAGGUGCUUUUGGACAUCCAGGAGUCCUCCAAGGUGUUCAACCCCAGCGAGGAGUUCUAUCCGACCGACAUCCCAGGCGUGUGUCAGGGGGCCGCGCUGAAGUGCUUCGAGCUGGAGAUUUCGUAG